AUGGUCUAUUCCACUGCAGCCAAUGUCCCUGCACAGGUUGCUGGCAUUGCAAACAGCGAGGCGGGAGCUCAGGCAUUUGUAUCACGUCUCUUAAUGCAAGCAGUUAUUGAUGUUCUCGAAGAGCAAGGUCGCAGCGCUGGCCUCUCUGAUGCAAUAAUCUCAACCAUUUUGGGUCAGCUCACUGUUCAAGUCAGGUAUACUCCACUGCGAUGCAUGACAGUAGCUGUUAAUCAACCAGCAAAUAUGGAUAUCGCUGGAGUUGCUGACAUGAUGAAGCCACACUGCAUAAUUGUCGGGAACACAGUGACAGCUUUGUGUAAUGCGCCUAAUGGAAUGAUGUGUCAACUUGCCAACGCCAUGAUGAUUGCAAAUAUUCCUGCCACGCACUUGUCAAUUUCUGGAAGCCUCACGACCACGAACGUCAUUAUGGCGAAUUGGUCGAGAGAGAUGUGGCAAGGUGUGGUGAACAGAGCGGUUCGAAUGCUGGCAUCGGGUCCAUUUGGUACGAACUUCGCCUCAGCAUUUGCAACCGUCGUCUGA